CCGAAGGCUGUUGUCGACAUGGCGGUUACUCUGAGCUUCUUGCUGGGCGUGCGUGUACGUGCUGCUGUUGCUCGCUGUGGGUUCGCGACCUGGGGGGUGGCAGACCCCGGCUCUCUCGGCCGCGAGCCGGACCCCGAUUCCGACUGGGAGCCGGAGGAGCGGGAGCUGCAGGAGGUGGAGAGCACCCUGAAACGACAGAAAAAAGCCGCCCGGUUCCAGAAAAUUCGGAGGCAAAUGGAAGCGCCGGGUGCCCCGCCCAGGACCCUGACUUGGAAAGCCAUGGAACAGAUCCGGUAUUUACAUAAAGAAUUCGCAGAGUCCUGGUCAGUUCCUAGAUUAGCUGAAGGCUUUGGUGUCAGCACUGAUGUGAUCCGAAGGGUUUUAAAAAGCAAGUUUGUACCCACAUUGGAGCAGAAGCUGAAGCAGGAUCAAAAAGUCCUUAAGAAAGCUGGGCUUGCCUACUCACUCCAGCAGCUCCCCAGCUCUGGGGAUACCUUGAAGUCGCUAUCUGCAAGCCACUCUGGAUCAGGCUCUUUGUUGCUGCAAAGGGGUGAAUCCUCAUUCAGAGGCUGGGGUCACAGCACAGCUUUGCACGUGAUAGAAUCAAACACUCAUGGUACAAAUACACCAAGGAGACAGAAGGGAGGGAAUAAAGGAAUCCGGGUCCUGGAGGAGGAGUGCUCCGUGCCUGUUGCAGCAGCCGUAGGUCAUCAGCGAGAGCUGCAGAAAUACUCCACCAGUGACGGUGUGGGCAAGAGAGGAACUGAUGGUUAUGGAUUGCCAAGUGACAAACUGGAAGAUGUGAAGGCACAGGAGCCAGGUGAUCAGAACUUCAGCAGCAAAGUAGUCCAGAGGGGGCGAGAGUUCUUCGAUAGCAAUGGGAACUUCCUGUACAGAAUUUGAGCUGGAGCAUGGCUUAUGUAGAUGCCAAGUGAAACACAGCUGGGAGAGUAUAUUUGGAGCUGCCUGGACUUCUGUGUAUGGAUUAUCCACCUUGGGAUAGGAGGAAAUGAUGAGCCUGGAAUGUGGGAGGAAAGAGCUGCUCAUUUGAAUCUGACAAAAUGCAGUGAACUUCACAGGGCAAAUGUGUAUGGCAGGGCAGGGUUAAUGACUGGUUUGGUAGAUUUGUAGCUUCCUGGAACACUGCUCCUGGUCUGACCCACCUGGAUCUUUAGUACUCACCCUUCUUGCUUGGGCUCUCUAUGUUGAAACUAGCCCAUGUUGCAUGUAUUGUUAGGACACUCUGUGAUACUUGCAAUAUAUGUUUGGGAAAAAAUGAAAAGUUUGCCUUCUGACCUCACUUACUUCUUGAUUAAUGAACAUUAAUAAUUCUGGAACUGUUUAGUCAAUUGAUUGUUUUCAUUAUGUGCAAAAAUAAAGUAAAAUGUAGCA